CGACGCAUUAUUCGUUCCAAAAUAAGUUGUCCGCAAGGCAAUUGGUGCUUCCGUUUCGUCCAUUCCAUCCACUCAUACCUUUCUUCUGUGUUGCUAACGCAUCACACGUUGCUGAUUCGGUAUCACCCGACGGAGUUCCGUUAGAUACGAUGGAAUGGCCCUACUGGACCUCCGCAUCGCCACAAAAACCUUACCCCUCCUCGUUUCCACCGUCCCGCGACCUGCCGCCGCCUCCGUCCGACUUUCCCAACGAUCAGGAACAAUCCAGUAGCGGUGGAGAUGAUGCUAUUGAAGGAACGUGGCUUAACAUCCGCCGCUUGAGCAACGUAUCAGAAGAUGACGAGGACGACUGGUCGGAAGGUCCCCCGGCCAGCGGAUACGGAACGGACGCCUACGACGACGGCUCUCGCAAGCAAUCGCUCCGGCGAUGCGGGUUUCGCUGCUCGCGAUACCGACUCGCACUAGCAACCCUGAUUGUACUCGCCAUUGCUGCUGGCGGUGUCUUUAUUGGCGCCAUUGUCACCAAACGAAAAGACGACGGACCCGCCGCAACGAGUGUCGAGACGAAUCCGAAUACCCCGACCACGGCGCCCACCGUGCGAGUUACGUCGUCGCCCUCCGUCACCAACAGCGGCAACGGCAAUAGUACUACUGCUGGUGCAUUGCAAGCCACUGUACAACUCUCACUGGACAGUGUGGAACAACUCCUCUCCGACGAAGGGAAGGAAUUUAUGGGACUUGCCACCCUGGAAUUCUUACGAGCGUCGAACGCUCUCAACGACGACGCCAACACGACGCUACAGCCGGUGUCCUACCGUUCCGUUACUGUAACGGACCAAGCAUUGAUCACGGGCACCGCCACCGCCGCCGCUAUUGAAGGACCCGUCCGUACUCGUGGACAACAACGACAGUUGCAAAGGCCUACCAGUCUUCGUGUCGAGCUCUCGGUACAGGGUGUAGCAGCGUUAGCCGACAAUACAACAAACCUCUCCGAUGGGGCCUUCGGGUCGCAAAUCGCCACCGCUAUCGCUACCAACCCAGAAGUUUAUCGAUCCGUGUUACAGGCGGAUGGCAACGAAGUGUUUCAAAAUCUGACGACCAUUGGAGUGCGCGUUGCGGAAGACACCCUCGCUGCUGCCGUACCCAGUUCAUCGCCUAUGAGUGCUUCGGAAUCACCUUCGAUUCUGGCCAGCAGCAAUAGUCCCACGGUAACGUUAUCUGCGGUACCCACAAACUCUGUUAGCACGUCCCCCACACUUGUUCCGGAACCCAGUGCUUCGCCGAGCACUUUGCCUAGCGUUGCUGUAGCUGCUUCUACGCCGCCGAGUUUACUGCCUGUGACAGUAGCUCCGACCAACCUAGUCGUGACAGUGUCCCCCACGGCCAUUCCGCAAGCCCUCCCUGCUUCCCCGACAGCAUCUCCUUCCAUACCCGGAACCACGGCAGGCACUCCGCGGGUGUGCAACGGCGUGGCCGGACUUUGUGACGUUCGCGUUAACGAUGCCGUCUUUGGGAUGGUCCACAACGCCAUGUCGACGCAACCCGACAAUUUUCUGUCCUUCAACCACGAAGACACCCUCGAAGACGCCCUGACGGCUGGUUUUCGAGGGAUCAAUGUGGACGUAGGAAUAUGCGAUGGACAAAUUGUGCUUUUUCACGCGUUUUGCUUUCUGGGAACGCGAGACGUGGUCGACACCUUUUCGAAUAUUCAUAAUUUCUUGACGCAAAAUCCCAACGAAGUACUGAUUGUGUCGUUGCAAAUUGAAUUAGUGGAUCUACAGCAGUUGGCGAAUCUUUUGGGAGGCGUUCCAGGCUUGACGGAUCGAUUCUACGACCACGCUUUGGGAGCGGACUGGCCCACCCUAGGCGAACUGAUCGACGCCGGCACGAAUAUUGUUCUGUUUCAUUACAACGGCCCAAGCUGCGAUCAAGUAGUCUGUCCACCAGCCUUUUUGGAUUACUUUCGGUUCGUAGUCGAGACGGAAUUUAAUUUUCAAAGCUUAGCCGAGAUCCGAGACCAGUUCAACUCGUGCGCACUGGAUCGGGGCAGCUCGGGCUUUCGGAAUUUCUACGGCGUCAACGUGUUCAUCACGUUACCCAAUGCCGCCGCGGCGGACGUUCUCAACACGGUAGGCUUUUUGAAUCCGCACAUAUCGGCGUGCGAGGCCCAAACGUCCAACCAGGUUAAUCUGGUUUUGGUAGACUUUUGGAAACGUGGGAAUGUGUUGGAUUACGUGCGAUUACGGAAUUUGCAACGCGUUGCCGUCCUAAACUAGUCUGGGACAACACCAGCCUAACCUGCUCACGUGUGUCUACCUAAUUGUGUAAAUAAAAACGGAAACGUACUUUUUUGAAUUC